GUUUUUGCUCGGGUUAUGGCCUUCUCGUUUGUAUUACUGGGUUCGAUUGGGGAGAUUCCAUCAAGUGGGGAUUUCGGAUUCACACGUACUAUAAUCGCAGGGGUCAAGAAGAUGCCUUUGGAAAUUGCGGUGGUGGGUUUGCAAGGAAUUUUUCAAGAUGAAGGUUUGAUGAUCCGUCUCCCUCUUGAGCCAUCGCCGAUGAUGAUUGAAGCAUGGAUUCAGUUGAUCUGUCAGUUUAUUUUAUUUGAUUUCAUUUUACUCUUCUUGAGUUUCUUAAGCAUGAAUACUGUCGUUGUUGUCUUCUGCAAUUUUUAUUUGAGUCGGACUCUUACAUUAGGUGGGGGUGAUGAGAGUUUUGCUUUGGCCACGUUAAGCUCAUAUAGACCCAAUACAAGAUCAGCGAAUCAUAUUGCUCUGCCUAGGGUGAUUGAUUCUCCAGCUGGUUCGAAGGUCGGUGGCUGGAAGUGUUUCCUUUAUCUUUUAUAUCUCUUGCUGAAUGUUUUAUUGUCAAUAUAAGCCUCCAUGUUACAAAAAAAGGAAAAAGUAUACGUAUUUAAAAAAAAACAGAGAUCAAUUUAUUUUUUGUUCCUAUUCGAU